AUGAAUACUACUGACAUUGAUAUUAAUAUAACCUGUAAUGAGGGUAGAACACCUUUUAAUUAUUCAUGUAGCCAUGGUAACCUUGAGUUGAGUCAGUAUCUAUGUGAAAUACAGGGCAGUGGUAUUAAUUUAGAUGAAGAGGGUUACAGCAUUCGAAGUGGUAAUAUGAAGCUGGUCCAAUACCUCAUUGAGAAUCACCACUUGCUUCUCACACCAGAGUCUUUAAUAGAAGUUAUCUAUAGUACAAAGCUUCCAUUAGUUAAACUAUUAAUAAAUGAAUACAAGCUAGAUCCUCAUGUAAAAGAUGAGGAUGGUAAAGUUGCAGUUCAGUAUGUAGCUCAAGUUGGUGUUAUUGAUGUCUUGGAAUAUUUAGUGAAUGAUUGCGGCUGUGAUUUGGGUGAUAGGGACAAUGAGAAUAUAUUCCAUAUAGCUGCAGCUGCUGGUAUCUAUUCAAUUAUUAAAUAUAUUAUUGAUAAUUAUCCACAAUUUUCUAGUUUAUUACAUUCUACUCAUGAUGGUAAUACAACACCAGUUCAUGCUGCCUGUGGUAGUGGUGUUGUAAAACUGGUUACUUUUCUAAUUGAUGAAAUGAAAUGUGAUGACAGUACUGAGACCUCAGCUGGCUUCAAUUGUGUCUCAUAUGCCUGUAUUUCUGAUAAUCUUGAUCUUUUAAAGUUAUUAAUAAAACAAUAUAAACAUAAUCCAAGAAUAUACAGUAUAAGAUCGUCAUUGAAUGUUGCAGUGAUGCAAGGACAUGUUCAUAUACUAGAAUGGCUCAGACAAGAGUAUCAUAUCAAUUUAGUCUCAUUUAAGAAUGGUUUAUUACCUUUUCUUACUUUAGAAUACAACCGUUUGUAUUGUUUAAAGCACUUAUUAAACAAUUAUUCAUUUGAUAUUAAUGCCACUGAUCCUAGAGAUGAUACUCAAUCUACACUCCUUCACAUAGCAUUGGAGGAGCAUGAGUUGGAUCUCACUAUUAAAGAUUACAAUGGAAUGGCUCCAGUUCAUGUAGCCUGUGAAGAAGGAUCAUUGAGUAUAGUCAAGCACAUUAUAGACCAUUCACCAUUAUCUCUUGAUAUGACCGACUCUUUUGGACGUACUCCACUACUUAUUGCAGCUUUCUCUAAGAACCUUCCCAUCAUUCGUUACCUCAACAGUAAAAACUGCAACAUUUCUAUACUGGACGAUAAAGGGUUUAACGUAAUACACAUAUCGGCAAAGGAAGGGUCUUUGGAUAUUUUGAGGUUUUUCGUUGAUGGUCGUUACUGUAAUCCUGAUAUCACUGAUGCUUCUGGUCGUACUCCACUUUAUCUGUCAGCUCAAGAGGGUCACUUGGAAAUAGUAGAAUAUCUAUUGGAUAGUCCAAGCUACAAUAAACCACGUGUAGAAUUAGUAGACAUGGCAGAUAGCAAUG